CAGCAAUUGAUAAUGGCAAACUUGCAGUGUUAACGACAGGACCUACUUGAGUGGCUCCAAUCAGCUGCGAGGUCAAUAGCUCUUCCAGCUCAUACGCAACAUUAUUGACUGGAUGAGUGUAGAUUCUAACUGAGGAAAUUAGACCCAAUGACCUUCAAAAUGGGUGGUCUGGAACUUUUGACCCCGUUUGCCCAUACCUUCAAGUCAAAAUUGAAAACUUGUUGAACUUGAAGUUUUGCCUAUUCACGAUCAACCACCUCUAAGAUCCAACAAAAUGAGCUCUAACCGAACAUGCAGUAGCUCCGCCUGGACUAAGGAGGAAGACAAAGCAUUCGAGACCGCCCUGGCCAUCUAUUUUGGAGACAGCGAUCUACUGAUGAAGAUAGCAGCAGCAGUUCCUCAGAAAUCUCUUCAAGAAAUUACUCAGCAUUAUAAUGACCUUGUCGAAGAUGUCAAUGAUAUCGAGUCAGGUAAAGUUCCCCUACCUCAAUAUGGGAAAAUGCAAAGUUCUUCCAGCCGUAGAAGUAGAUCAUCGGGAGCAGUGGUAGAACGGAGAAAAGGGAUUCCUUGGACUGCAGAAGAACACAGGUUGUUUCUCCAAGGGUUGGAGAAAUAUGGUAAGGGUGAUUGGCGGAAUAUAUCAAGUAACUGUGUGUUAUCAAGAACACCAAGACAGGUGGCAAGCCAUGCCCAAAAGUUCUUCAGUCGAUUAAAUGACAAUAAUAAGGUGAAGAGGGGAAGAAGCAUUCAUGAUAUUACUAGUGUGAAUGCUGCUGAUACUACUGAACUUUCACAAUGGCCAAUCACUGACUAUGUGACUGAAGCUUUCGACACAGGGAUGGUAUCUUUACCCGGACCAGUUACCAACUAUGCUACCGAAGGACCAUCAGUUAACCCCGAGAAAUUCCCGCUUGGUGCUGCUGUUGGUAGUGAGUUGAAUAGUACAUUUCCUGAUGUGGAUGAGUUCCUGCUAAGUAUAAAAGACCUAAUCACUUUACCAGCAGAGAGCACCUCUGGAGCGUGCCACCAGCAACCAUCAGUUGCUGGUGGCAGCGGAAUGUACACUCAUCCGGUCAUUAAAGUUCGGUCGCUAGAUGAGCUAAUGACCAAUCAGUUGGUUGGAUCGACUCAAGUAAGUCCUACGGCUAACACUACAAGUUUGCCAUUAGUACUUGCGCAUAUGGGAGUCCAUGAUGGUAUAGCUUCUGGUAGUGGUGCUAAGAAUAGUUUCGAGAGCACCAUGGGAGCUCCCAAGGGAGGUUUUCGUGUCGAUUCCUUGCAAUUGCCAUCAAUUCCUGGCACUAGUGAUGGUGGAUUUCAUCCCAGUUCAAAUCCUACCAUGCAAUUACCAUCUAUUGCCGGCACUAGUGGUGGUGUAACUUAUCAUGGCUCAAAUCCGAGCAGCGAGGAAGACGACAUCUUUUAUUUGGAAGACCUAAUCACAGAUCACGUAUUUGGUUUUGGCAAAUAAGAAUCUGUUGAUUAUAGUGCUCAACCAUAAAAUCUCUCGGGUUUCACUAGAAUGACCACUGUUUUGUCAUGGAUGAGCAAUGCAGCAGGCGCCUAUUACUUCACAAACACUCAUGCCAUUACGUGUUCCUUGCCUGGUUGGUUCAUUUGCAGCAUCUUCUAGUGUAUUGCUCUGUCGUUGCGUCCUUCUAGAUAUGACUCCAUUUGCAUAUCCAGUGUUGACUUCUAUUGUAUAUGGUGUAUAGAGUAGCAAAUUUUAUCAGUAGGUUAAAUACAUAGAACUAUUUAAACUCCAUGUUCAUAAAUAAAAUCAUGAUUUAGUAGGUUUGAAUCUUA